GCGUCAGACAUGGGCUCGGACUGUGAAAGUUACUACAGCAAGGAGAACGUGUUCGUGGAGGGAUUCACGUGUCCGAGAGCGGACAAUGACUCCACGGCUCUUUACUGCUGCGGCUUCAGUGACUUGAAGUACUGUUGUGACGACCCCAACAGCUUCUUCCCAUACGAGUAUGGAUACAUGUGGUGGUUGAGUCUCGGAGCUCUGGUGGGUCUCUCUGUAGCAGCCCUGGUUCUUCUUGCCUUCAUCAUCACGCUGUGUGUACUCUGCUAUCUGUUCAUCACCACCAAACCCAGAGGGCUGGAUAAUGGGCUGCCUCUUCGAGCACCAGGUUCUUCAUCGAGUCCACAAAUCCCAGGACCGAGUCAUAGCAGCGCUACUUCUGGACCUCAAGGCCUCAGGAAACACUUCCUGAGGGGCAAGCUGGACUGUGACAACCAGCCGCCAGACCCCGACCGCCUUUUCCAGCGUUGUUUCAUUGCUACUGUGACAUCCAUCAACGUCGAGGGUCCUGCAUAG